AGGUCGUGAACCAAACCUGUAACCCAGCCUACAGCACUAAUCUGAGUGUACCAACUCUAAAACAGCCUAUAUUACAUUAACGCUGAUACCUCAGUGCAUUCUGCCCCCUCUGUGGCAGUGCACUUCGCCAUCUGCCAGUGUAUCCUACCCCCUCCAUGGUAGUACGCUGUGCCAGUUCGGGUCUUUACAUUCUGCCCCCUCCGUGGCAGUGUACUGCACCCAAGUUAAUAUAAGAUGGCAGAACAGCCAGGCAUGCCGCCAUCAACCCAUAUGGUGCCAGAUCAGCCAGGCAUGCCACAAUCAGCCAAGCCACAACAUCCUAACAUGACUAAGACCAGACAUACCAAAGCACUGGCUAAGACAAAACAUCUUUCCAGCCAUAGUAAACCAAAGCGCCCAAGUUAUGUCUCUGUGCCAACCACCACCACAGCACAGGCACACAUAAGCGAUAUUAUCCAUUCUCCUGCUGCUGCCUCUGACGAGGAAGAGUUUGUUGGCUUUCCCCCGUGUUCGCCUAACGAACCUCCCUCCGUUUUACCGCCCCAAACAUCUGUUCCAAUAGUUCCUCAGGCACAUACAUCUGCCACAUCCGGUCUGCAGCUGUCUCCUGAUUUCCUCUCCCAACUUCAAGCCAUGCUGGCAUGUUUCACCUAAAUGCAAUCACUACCACAAGUUCCUGCCAUACCUCCACUCAACAUGGACCAACGUGCGUGCCAUGAAGCUCAUUCUUCCGGAUCACCAGAUCCCUUUGAUGUAGCCAGAGGCAGAUGUUCGGACGAAGUCUCGUAUGCGGAGGAGUCAACUUUCACUGACCAUGUUGAAGGAGACGACUGGAGCGACUAUUCAGAUCAUGAGGAGGAUACAUCGUAUUGCUUGUUUAAUACCUCAGACUAUCAGCCGCUAGCACGCAGGGUAGUUAAUACCCUUGGUCUCCAGUCUGCGCCUUCAACUUCGUCCGCCCCAGCUAUCAAAGGGGCCAAGGUCCUCAAAUCCCCUGCACCUACUGAACACUACAUCCCGGUGCCGGACCCAAUUGCCAAAUUAGCCUCUGAAGAAUGGGCCCAUCCACUCAAAGCUCGACGCUUCAAGAACCUGGCUGACAGACUUUACGCCCUAGCCCCGGACUUUGCCACCAAAUUAGAUGUCCCUGGCAUAGAUGAACCAAUCGCUCGCCUCGUUUCACGAUCGCUUUUGCCCAGGGAAGGGGAAUCCCACCUAAAAGACACUACUGAGCGACAAAUAGACUUUGCCCUCCGCAAGAAUCACGAGGCCACUGCCCUAGCCAUGCGUGCCUCCGCUUCAGCCUCCAUCUUCUCCAGAGCAUCUAUGAUGUGGCUGGAUGACCUUCUAGAGGAUGCUAACCCUGAUCCUGUCACCCUCAGAAGAGCACUAUUGAAAUUGUGUAAGACAGCAGCUUUUGUGGCCGAUGCCACUUUGGAUGCCACUCAAUUAGGGGCACGAGCCAUGACGGCUCAAAUAGUCGCUCGUCGCACCCUCUGGCUUCGCCACUGGCAAGCUGAUUCAGCGGCCAGAUUGAAUCUGUCCAGGGCUCCUUACUCCGGAUCUCUACUCUUCGGCGAGGAAGCUCUAAAGGCAGUGCUGGUUGAUCCAAAAGACGCCCACAAACCGGUUCUGGCCUCAGUCAAGAACAGCGACCACAGGCCUUUCAGGCGAUUUCCUUCAUUCCGUUCUAACCAGCCCUUUCGAGGAACGCGGCCAGGAGGACGAGGCCGCGACUUCAGACCCUAUGACCCCAACGCAUUCAGGGGCUCCUGGAACCGACGCUUCCAGGGCAGAGGCCUACGGCUGGCUUGUCAACUUCGACAAAAGCCAUCUCCAACCAACCCAAUGCCUACUACAUCUAGGGGCAAUGUUGGACACCCUGCAGGCAAUGGUUUUCUUGGCUCCAGAUCACAUCACUGCCAUCACAAGCAUCGCAAGGUCCCUGAUGCAACAAACAUCUGCAGACGUCAUGCUUCUCGCCAGAGCGCUCGGGAUGUUUAUAUCUACAAUCCACAUUGUGCCAUGGGCUCGAGCCCACACUCGGCCCCUUCAAUGGAUUCUGUUGCCUUUUCAAAAAGACAUUGCCAGCUCCAACCAUCGCAAAGUUCGCUUGAGCCCCGCACUGCGCCUCUCCUUCCGCUGGUGGACCAAGGUUCAACACCUCUCCAAGGGCACGUCGUUCAGAGAACCCCGCAGAACCAUUGUAACCACAGAUGCCAGCCUCAUAGGUUGGGGAGCCCACUGCAACUCCCAGUACGUUCAGGGGGUUUGGUCCAACACAGAGCAAUCCCAAAGCAUCAACUGGCUGGAACUAAAGGCUGUCCACUUAGCUCUAUGUCAUUUUCAGUCUCUGUUCCCUUUGCAUCAUGUGCUCAUUCGAACAGACAACACGUGUGUAAAAUCACAUUUGAACAGACAGGGGGGCACCAGGUCUCGUCCUCUGCAGGACUUAGCCUCCCUCAUCUUUGUCUGGGCAGAACAACAUCUACAAUCCCUGAAAGCAGAGCACCUCAGAGGGAUUUGGAAUGUGACAGCAGACUGGCUCAGCAGACAACAGGUCUUUCCGGGAGAAUGGAAACUUCAGCCAUUUUCCAUCGUCUCCAGUGUCGGUUCGGCGCCCUCUCAGUCGACCUGUUUGCCUCCAGUCGCAAUUGCCAGCUUCCCAGGUACUUUGCCCGAUACCUGGACUCAACAGCAGAAGCAGUGGAUGCUCUGACAACACCGUGGCCAGACGGUCUAUUGUACGCCUUUCCUCCCAUACCAUUGUUAGCCAAAACCUUGAGGAAGGCGCGAACCGAAAGGGCACAGCUGGUUCUGAUAGCACCAUUUUGGCCACGCCGACCGUGGUUUUCAGAUCUUCUGGCAAUGUCAAUGAUGGAUCCUUGGACACUUCCAGUAAGGCCAGACCUUUUAUCCCAGGGUCCAGUACUGCACCAGGACCCUACUUGGUUCAAUCUAACAGCGUGGCGUUUGAACGGGGACAUUUGAGGUCAGCUGGACUGUCUGACGCUGUGAUUGAUAUUAUUUUGGCCUCGAGAAGACCAUCUACCACCCGUAUUUAUCAACAUACCUGGGUGGCUUUCUCCAAGUGGUGUCAGUCCCACCACCAUGAUCCAUCCCAGGCCACUGUGCAUCAGGUGCUCCAAUUUCUCCAUAGCGGCUUUAUGAUGGGACUUCGACCCAACACCCUACGUCGACAUGCGUCCACUCUGUCGUCCAUUCUCUCAGUGUCCUCCCCUGGAGAUCAUAUUUCCUCACAUCCGUUCAUCAAACGUUUUUUGAGGGGAGUCACCCUACGCUCUCCGGCUGUUGUCCAUCGGUUUCCCUCAUGGAGUUUGCCGAAGGUUCUGCAGGCUUUGCAACGUCCUCCGUUUGAACCCAUCAGGACUGUGCCUCUUCGUAUACUGUCCUUCAAGGUCUUGUUCCUGAUCGCAAUCACAUCUGCUAGACGAGUUUCGGAGUUGGGCGCAUUGUCUUCCACUCGCCAUCUCUGCGUCUUCCAUAAGGACUCUGUUGUACUGAAAACUGAUCCUUCCUUCCGUCCCAAGGUUGAUUCAGUGUUCCAUUGCAACCAGGACAUUGUUUUGCCUUCCUUUUGCCCGAAUCCUACCCAUCCUCUCGAGAAGGCUUGGCAUUCGUUGGAUGUCCGGAGGGCUCUCAAGACCUACCUGUCUAGGACCCAGGAUAUACGGCGAACUGAGUCUCUGUAUCCUUUCAUCCAAGGCCUGUUGGCCUUGUUCUUGUAUUUUUAGAUAUCUCUCCUUAGACUCGCUGCGAAUGAACUGGAGAGUGGGAGGGGCCUGACGCCCCUAGUCUUGACUUCAAAGACAUUCUUGCCUUCGCACGAUAGGUGGAGCUAAAACCCGUUGUGAUGUCCGUCCUCAUAGGAAAAUCACC